AUGCCACAGCAAUCUAUUAUUAGCACGAACAAAGACAAUCCAACCGAACAUCAUCCAGAAGACUUUGACCAAUUUGUGGCGCUAUUAAAUUUUUUAUCAGAACCAAUUAUAUAUCCACCAGAAGGAUAUAUGCAAGAUAAUAUAUCAUUUGAAAUAUUUGUAAAUAUAUGUUAUCAUUUACCACCACGAGAUUUAUUAAUGUUAGCAUGUGUUUGCAAAAAUUUCAAGAAUAUGUUAGAUGGAAAAUUAUUUCCGAUCUGUUCGGAAAUUUGGAAAACAUCUAGAGAAAGAUUUACGGUUUUUAAAGAUAUGGAUCCACCACGAGAUAUGUCACAGCAACAAUUUGUACGAUUAUUGAAUUUUGAAAGAGGAUGUGAAAGUUGUAAGAGGAAAGGCAAUAUUCAAAUUUAUUGGCCAGCCAAUGUGAGAUCUUUUCCACAUAUUAUUCCAUGUCCAGAUGAUAAUGAUAGAAUACAACAUUAUUGGUUACCACAUGCACAUGCAUUAUCUGCUAAAUAUGAAUUAGAUAAUAGAAAUUCAGAUAAUUCAAAUGAAUGGUUAACAAAUAAAAAAUCCGAAUUACAACGAUUGACGGAAGAUAGUUUGAAACGUUAUCGAUGGAUAACACAAUGUUGGGGAGAACAAAUAAAUUUUCAAAAAUCUAAAGUUAAUUCAAUUAUUCAAGAUAUUCAUCAUCAUUAUCAAAAGGAUUAUUCAAAUGAUGAUAAAAUUUCAUUAAAAUAUUUAAUGAAACAUCCAGUUACUGAAAGAAUUCUUGAUUCGAUUAUGAUUAAUCCAUUCAUUAAACAAGAUUUUGAUACAUUUACUGAAUCAAUAAAAUCUAUUAUUGUUAAAAAAAAAUCAUCGGGUAAUGAUAAAAGAGAAAGUGUAAGAACAUCAAUUUAUAUUCCUCCACCAGUAGCAAGAAAAAUAUUAUCACAGAAUAGAUCAACCAAAUUACCACAAAUAUAUGACCAAUUAUCAGAAAGCAAUCUAAAUAAAUCAGAUAAUAAAUCAAUUAAUAAGUCAAACAAUAAGUCAAAUAUUAAGUCAAACAAUAAGUCAAACAAUAAUUCAAAUAAUAAUUCAAAUAAUAAGUCAAAUAAUAAUAAUAAUUCAAACAAGUCAUCUCAUCAUCCACCAUCUGUUAAGGUCAAAAAUGAAUCGGGAACAGAUAAUCGGUCAUCAGGAUCUAUUGAGAAUCCUAAUUUUAUUCCUUUAACAAAGAAUAAAAUGGCAAAUAUCAACUUUUUAGAUGAUGAAACCAAAAAUCAUUCUGUCAAUAAUCAAUUCUCCAAUAAUCCAUUCUCCAAUAAUUCAUCCUUCAAUAAUUCAUCCUCUAAUAAUCUAUCCUCUAACUAUCCAUUCUCCAAUAAUAUUCCAUCUAAUAAUCUAUCCUCCAAUAAUAUUCCAUCUAAUAAUCUAUCCUCUAAUAAUCCAUUCUCCAAUAGUCCAUUCUCCAAUAAUCCAUCCUCUAAUGUUUCAUCUAAUAAUAAUCCAUUCUCCAAUAAUCCAUCCUCUAAUGUUUCAUCUAAUAAUAAUCCAUCCUCCAAUAAUCCAUUUUCCACUAAUAAUCCAAAUCCAUCCUCCAAUAAUCUAUCUUUCAAUAAUCCAUCCUUCAAUAAUUCAUCCAAUAAUCUAUCCUCUAAUAAUCUAUCCAAUAAUCUAUCUAAUAAUAUUAUGAUAGACAAUGAAAAGAGAUUACCUUAUAUACGUGGAGGAGUAUCUUCAAUAAUUGGUAGUGUUGGUAGUGUAGGUGGUUAUAUAACUCCAUCAGUGGAUUCUUCAACUAUUUCUACAUCCAAUAUAACACAACAGCAAGUUAGAAUAGAAGAAUCAAAACAACAACAUAUUCCUUUAAAUGUUGAUAGUAAUAACAUAUCUCAGGAUAUUCUUAUAAGAAGGAAUGAAAUAGUUAGAACUCUUAAACUAGUGGUGGUGACAACAGAUAAUCCCACUCAUCCCAAGAAGAAUAAAAUUCAAAUUCCAUUCACAAUUGAUAUUCGAGAUCAUUUAUUUCAAUACUUAUCUCAUUGUCCUUCAUUUAAAAUUCCCCCCGAUUAUACAUCUACUGAAGGUUAUGAUAAACCUUUUUUAUUUUCCUUAAUUCAAAAACUUCAACAAGAAGCUUCCAUAUUGACAAAUACUUGUAAACAUCCUAGACCACAUCAUAUUCUUGAUUUACGUGGUGCUUUUGAAAGAGGGAUUGAUAAUUAUCCUAUAUUUAGAUGUCUUCAUUGUAGGCAUAUUCCUGCUAUUCAACCAAUGGUUUGGAAAAGAAUGGAAAAACAUGUUUCGGAAGUUCACACUUCAAAAUUGACUGAUGAAUUUGCUUAUAUUGAGGCUAGAUCUGUAAUUUAUUAUCUUCAUUUUGCUUUUGUACCUGAACUUAAUCCUUUAUUUCAUCAACAAUAA